AUGCAAUCUAACAACAGGUCGAAGAUGAAUCGGCCCUGUCGUUUAAAGUUGAAUAUUCCAAGAAGGGAUUCUACUGCUCUUCGAAUUUCAGCCCGACUCCGUGAAAUUGCCGAUGAGCUGGAGGCAGAACUCAAUCUUGGCCUUAAUGACGUAAGCUUUUUCAACAAUUACUAUCGCAUAACUAUGUUUUUGAGUGUAACAUUCAUUUUCUCCACUAAUCCAUGCUAUGAAAUGUAG